AUGGCAACUCACCAAAUGCAGUUUCAAGAGGAAACUAGAAAUAAUCAGAAGAACACUUCAGCUUCUAUAAAAAAUUUAGAAGUUCAGAUGGGUGAAAUAGCUCAACAAUUGGCAACUUCUCAAGGACCAGAUAGCCUACCAAGUGCAACCAUAGCAAACCCAAGAAACAACCACAUUGUGAAAGCUAUAGUAAUAAGAAGUGGUAAAACUGUGGGGAAUGUUGAAGAAGAUGAGAUUGAAGAUGAAGGAUUACUCGAGGUAGACUUAGAAAUCAGAGAUGAACAGAGACAAACCGAGCAAGUUGUGGUCCCUCUGAUGGAUGAGAAAAAGAAAAAAAGUGAACCUCAGCAAAAGUUUGUUCUUCUGUAUCCUCAAAGAACGAAGAAGAAAGACCUUAGUGAGAAAAAUUUUGAGAAAUUAUUGGAAUUGUUCAAGAAGCUUGAAAUUAACAUUCCAUUUGCUGAAGCUUUGGAGCAAAUGCCUAUAUAUGUUAAAUUCAUGAAAGACAUCAUCUCUAAAAAGCGGUCCAUUAACACGGAGCCGAUAUUGCUAACUGAAACAUGUAGUGCUAUUUUGCAGGGUCUUAAGGAUCCGAUAAAGAAGAAAGAUAGAGGUGUUGUUACAAUUCCUUGCACUAUCAGGGAUAUAUCAUUCAAAAAGGCACUUAUUGAUUUAGGUGCUAGUGUGAGCUUGAUGCCUCUUUCUAUAUACAAAAAGCUUGAGCUGGGUGAGGUACAAGAUACUCGUAUGACACUUCAAUUUGCAGAUCAUUCAAUGAAAAGUCAUUAUGGUAUUGCAACUGCUAUCCUUGAGAAGAUUGAUAAGUUUGUGUUUCUGGUCGAUUUUGUGGUCCUUGAAAUUCCAGAAGAUGAAGAAAUUCCUCUAAUCUUAGGAAGACCUUUUCUAGAGACAGGAAGGUGUAUGAUAGACAUUGAUGAAGGCACCAUGACACUCAAGAUGAAGACAGAUUAA